UCCCUAUCUCAGAUGGUUCCUUAUCUGAGGUUCCACUGUACACCACUACAGAGUUCUCAACACUGACAACAUUAGUAUAGUGGGAGUGACCAUUGACUAUGGUCCCUAUGGAUUCCUGGACAGAUACGACCCUGGACACAUCUGCAAUGGCUCGGGUAUCUGUCAUCCUACAAUGUGUGAACUGAUGUUUCAUUUUCUCCAUGCAGACAAUGAGGGUCGAUAUGCCUAUAUAUAUUAUGACCAGCAGCCCAGAGUGUGUCGGUGGAACCUGGGCAAGUUGGCCGAGGCUCUCUCUCCUCUUCUCUCUGAAGAGGACACUCUCCUCGCACUACAGCUCUAUGAUUCUGAAUUUGAGAAGAGCUAUCUAAAGAAGAUGAGAUUAAAGCUAGGACUGUGUAAGGAGGAGGAGGAUGACAGUGAUCUGAUAGAGUCUCUACUGGACACAAUGCAUACCACUGGAUGUGACUUUACCAAUGGAUUCCAAUGUCUCAGUCGAGUGACAAUUCCUGAGAGUCAAGACUCCACAGAGAGGGAGAUUGAGGGGGUGGUGGAGUAUCUCCUGGAAGAAUGUGCCUCUCCUCAACAACUGGUCCAGUCCAACAGACCAAAGAUGCCACCUCAGUCAUCAGCUGCACAUGUUCCAGCAGCUGAUGGAGACGGCGCCAGAGGUGCUGCAGGCUCUGGGUCUGAGACCUGAGUCCCUCCAGCAGGAGAUUGCCAAAAUGCAGAACAUGGACAAACUCAAGGAGAUGAGUGUGGAGGAGAAGAGGAGUGGAGACAGAGCGGUGUGGCUGGAGUGGCUGUCGAGGUACUCUCAUCGACUCCACCGAGACCUGGACUCUGGGACUGAUGUCUCCAAGGUUAAUGAGGUUCGUCUCUGCACCAUGAAACAGAAUAAUCCAAGGUUUAUACUCCGCAACCACAUUCUACAGACUGCCAUAUAUAGAACAUGCAGAGAAAGGAAAUUUCUCUGAGGUCCGUCAUCUGUACCAGAUGCUGCAGACACCCUACCAGCAUGUAGAAGGAGUGGGGUCUCCUGGACCAGUGGUUGAGGCCAGGGAGGAUGGAGGGACUGUGGCUUCUCGUGAUAGGGGAGGGAGAGGAGAGGGAGGGGAGGAGGCGGGAGCUGUGGGGGGUGUGGCAGUGGGGUCAGCUGUCAGUCAAUACUACAGCAAGCCACCAGACUGGGCCCUGACUCUGUG